AUGUACGGCCCAGGACGCUUGCCCCUGGGCAAGGCGGCGGUCGGCACGCACUUGCUGCUACUGCUGCUACUCUUCGCUGCGACAUGUCUUUCCCCUACUGGCCACGGUCUCCAUCCGGUUGCGCAGCGAGGCCCGGCGUCGUUUACGGACGAAGCCGCGAUCUUCAACUCUACAGCCACGAUCACCGCGAUGACGCCAGUGCCUUUAGGAUCCCGUCCAGUAGUCAACCCCUCGUGUGAGCAUGAGGCGGUCGCCGACCUCCUGACUCCACGCGGUGGCAGCCCGACGACCAUGUUGCCUACCUGGACAUCAACUGCUGCAACCCCGGUCUCAACGCCUACUCCCGAAGAUCUUCCCGACGCACCGCCAGACCUCCCCGCCUUCCCCUUCCCUGAGUUGGGCUUAACCACGGACGACCCCGAGUUUACCUGGCUAUCACCGCUCACGCCGUACUCCUUUCCCGACGAGUUCCAGGAACGCUACGGAGGGCUACUCGCGGGCUACCGAGGCGACGACCUGUCGGAUCCAGAGGAUGACGACGUUUGCGACUUGGAUGAGCCUCAGCAGCAAGGUUAUACAGGAGGUAUGCCUUGGAUCCAGUUCUCGGAUACGUCUGCCUCAGAUCUCCUUGAAGAUACUCAAAUUUUGUCUCUCUACUUGGGCCCAGUAAUCUGCCCGGAGAAGAAGAGUAUCUAUGCCGAAGAGCGGAUUACAAUCAUUGGAGCGAGCCACAGGCUGCGGUCAGUCACAAUCAAAGUGCGAGAUCCUCCAACCUUCCGACCUCUUUCACUUGCCGAAAAACAACAGAUGUUUCUUCAGUUGCCUGAACUCGACCUUCUCAGCCGCCUUCGCGGAGUGGACAACUUCGUGGUAGAAGCCUUGUUCCCACUCCCAGCGGCCGAUAUCACGCGGCUGCAACAGUGCCUGGCAAAGCCCAAAGGUAGGCGCGGCAGUCACGAUCAGCCAUAUCUCCACCCAGCUUUAGCUCUACGCCCAUUGAGCAGCGACAUCCUGGUGAGGCUUUGGUCAGAUCUAGACCCUGAACUCGAGUCCUACGGUGAAGAUCCUGCAAAUUUCUCGACCAAGAUCUCCAAGGCAAAGAAACUGGAACGUUUGAGGCGGCUCGACUGGAAGAACCCAGAUGAACCGGACGAGCCUUGA